AUGCACGACCAAGACAUAGAAAAGAACCCAGAGAAACAGAGCAAUGUCGAGUCACACCAAUUGCAACCGCAGCCAGAUUUGCAGCGAAGGCUCAAAAGCCGGCAUCUACAGAUGAUCGCAAUGGGAGGUGCUAUAGGCACUGGUCUAUUCAUCGGUAGUGGAAGUGCCAUUGCUACUUCAGGCCCCGUCGGCGCCCUGAUUGCAUUCACCUUCAUUGGAUCAAUCGUGUAUUCAGUCAUGAUAGCCUUGGGCGAGGUAGCCACCUACCUACCGAUCCCAGGAGCAUUUGCAACCUAUGCGACACGCUUGGUCGAUCCCAGCUUAGGCUUUGCAAUGGGCUGGAUCUACUGGUUUUCCUGGGCCUCGACAUUUGCCCUUGAAUUGACUGCCACCGGCCUGAUCAUUCAAUAUUGGGAUGACAAAAUCCCAAUGGCAAUCUUCAUUGCUGUGUUUUGGGUGGUCAUCAUCAUUUUGAACAUGUUUCCCGUGAGUUGCUACGGUGAAAUCGAGUUCUGGCUUUCAAGUAUCAAAAUCAUCACUGUCGUCGGGUUUAUGAUAUUCGCCAUCUGCAUCAAUGCUGGUGCUGGAAGAGAGGGCUAUCUGGGAUUCAGAUACUGGGUGCAUCCUGGCCCCUUCCGCACUUAUCUGAUCGAGGAUCCUGCAAAAGACGCCGUGGCUAAGUUCGUCGGAUUUUGGGCCAUUUUAAUCAAAGCUGGGUUCUCAUACCAGGGUACUGAGCUUGUCGGUAUCGCGGCGGGUGAAACGAAAAACCCUCGCAAGAAUAUUCCCUCUGCCAUUCGGAAGACCUUCUUCCGGAUCGUGUUUUUCUUUGUCUUUACGAUUUUCUUCGUCGGUAUCGUCGUGCCGUCCAACGACGAGCGCCUUACUUCCGAUGCCACAAAUGCAGAUGCGUCCCCCUUUGUCAUCGCCGCGAGACGCGCCGGUGUCAACGUCCUACCGAGUAUCAUCAACGCAGUCCUGCUCACUGUGGUCCUAUCCGCUGCCAAUUCAAACGUUUAUAGCGGCAGUCGGAUUCUAGUCGGGUUGGCUCACGAGGGGUUCGCUCCUCGUUUCUUCUUGAAAACAACCAAACACGGCGUUCCAUAUUUGAGCGUUGGGUUUACAGCUCUUUUUGGCCUGUUAGGCUUCCUCAAUGUGUCAAAUGAUGGAGCCACUGUUUUCAACUGGUUGAUUCAGAUUGCUGGCUUGGCGGGUUUCAUUACCUGGGCAUCGCUGAAUAUUUGCCAUCUAGCAUUCAUGAGAGCUUUGGCUGCGCAGGGUGUUCCACGCGACAGUCUUCCAUAUAAGGCUCCCUGGCAGCCCUUUUUCUCGUGGUAUGGCUUGUUCUUCAACAUGCUCAUUAUCAUCACUCAGGGCUUCACUGCUUUCAUUCCAGAUUUCAGUGUUACCGACUUCUUUAUCAACUACCUGAGUCUGAUACUGUUUGCGGUGCUAUACAUUGGGCAUAAGGUUGCUUAUCGCCCGAUGUUUGUGGAUCCUGCCGAGGCUGAUAUCGACACUGGACGAUGUGAGGAGUGA